GUGGAGAAGAACAAUGCCUGUGCAAAUUUCACCAUGGGUCACUAUCCCGACAGCUGCCAUUUUCGAGAUAUUCUUGAUUUGGUCCAGAACCCACCGGAGAAUGGUGCCCAUUGGGACUCCAGGCAGGCUCUGAAGAUGAUUGUGGUUUGCUGGGAGAUUUGUUUCCACAAGGACAAGAAACAUUGGGCUUCCAAGUAUUCCCUUGAGGAACUUGCUGGAAUUCUGCUUGUGGGAAAGGACACCCCAGUCCCACUGAACUAUGAAUGCUAUUUGUUUGAACUGCGAAAUGCAAAUGGUGCUCUUACAGAAGACCAGUUGACCAAGUCCCAUGCGCAUCAUCUGGAGAAGUUUCGUCGAGCUUGCCCAGAGAAAGGCCUUUAUGAUUUGUCAGCGAAUGUUGACAAGCGCAAACGUGUGGAACUGAAAGACAGGACACUGCCAUGCCUCACAACUAGCUCCUACUUCUGGUCUGAACCAAAGGGUCGGACUAUGACUGGUCGGGAGCAUCUGCAUGCUCUUGGAUACCCGUGUUGGGGGCCAGGUGCCGCAGCAGCUCGAGUGGACCCCAUUGAUACUUCAGAAGUUCGAGAGUCUGCCCUGCGAUCUAUGGCGGGCAAUGGCAUGAGCCUACCCUGUGCCGGCUUUACUCUUUUGAUGGCCGUUUUGUUUGUAGAAGAUAAAUAG